AUGGAAUUCGACACGUGGGUGACUUUCUACGUGACACAGCGAGGAGGCCAGCCAGUCCUCACAAGCUACAAGCUGUAUGGAGAUAGCUUCGCUUGUAGAAAAGACGAGAUAACCAACCCGGCUCUUCUGGACAUCACUGUCGCCAGAGCCAAUACUGCAGUUGAGGACGCAAUUGCAAAAGCAGCGAUCAGCAGCGACUGGCUCCGGCCGCCGUCUCCGGAAGCGGCGGUGGUCGUGGGUCGGCUGGGCGGCCGCGUGGAGUUGGCGUGCGCAGCGGCUGAGCACCGCGGAGACGUCGGCGACGACGAGCCAUCGUUGCUGCUCUGGUUCCACGAGUCGCGGCCAGCUACGCCACUGUACAGCGUGGACGGCAGGCAGGCGGGAGGCCUGGCUGGCGCCCAGCACAGCAUGGCGGACGCGUGGGCUGCGCGCGCCUACUUCAGCAGCGUGUCGCGCACCCUGCGCCUCGAGCAGCUGUCGCCCGAGGACCAGGGCCGCUACCGGUGCCGCGUCGACUUUCGCCGUGGACGCACCAGGACGUCGACGCUCACGCUCAUCGUCAGAGUGUCACCGCACAACGUCAGCAUCACGGACGAGCUCGGCGUGGAGCUGCGGGGAACCGUGGGACCACUCAACGACGGCGACCCGCUGGACAUCGUCUGCACUGCCCACGGACGUCCUCCUCCUGUAAUCUCAUGGUGGCAAGAUGCCAGGGUGCUCCUGGACAACGACUCGGCCAACACGUUUGACGGCGAUGUCUCCAGGAGCGUCCUGCAUAUCGACAUUCUGCAGCGGAGCCUUCUGAUGGCCCACAUAAUCUGCAAGGCACGCAGCGGUGAUGAAGAGGAGGAAGCGAGCAUCACUCUUGACAUAAAUCUGCGCCCGCUGGGAGUGGCCAUCGCCCCACCGGAAGCGGUUCUCGUGGCGGAGCAACCGGCGCAAAUUCGCUGCGACUCGUGGGGCUCCCGUCCGGCCGCGAACCUGAGCUGGUGGAUGGGCAGCCGCCGCAUGACCCGCAGCGCGGCCAGCGUGGACGAGUCGAGCGGCCGUACGAGCAGCGUGCUGGCCUUCACGCCUGCGGGCGACGACCACGGCCGCCGGCUCCGCUGUCGCGCGGCCAACGAACGCGUGCCCGGCAGCGCGAUCGAAGACGCGCUCUUCCUGGAGGUUGAAUUUCCGCCCUCGGUGAGACUGCGGGUAGUCGGCGGAUCGGCCGUGGACGAAGGUAGCGACUCAAGGUUCGAGUGCAGCGUCAGGGCACACCCGAAACUGCUGGAACCACCCUGCUGGAUCUGGGAAGGCAGACCGCUUUCGGCUGCGACCGCCGGUUUGCGACACCGCACCGAGAGCAACGGCUCCCUGCACGUGCUCACACUGCUUGGUGUCCGCCGAUCACAGAGAGGGCGCUACUCCUGCCUGGCGAGGAACGCCAGAGGAAAGGCCCUCAGCGCACCGGUCACUCUCCACGUGCGCUACGCUCCGCGAUGUGUGCCCAAUCAGCGGCACGAGUACCAGGCAGCCCUGCACCAGACGGUGCUGGUGCGCUGUCGGGUGGAGGCCGAGCCCGCGGUGCCGACCCUCUUCGGGUGGACAUUCGCCGGUGGACCACACGAGCAGCCACUCACACUGCUCGACCACACCCGCUCAGCAGGGGGGCUCGAGAGCCAUAUACGCUACGUGCCCCGCAGUGAGUUGGACUACGGCACGCUUGCUUGCCUGGCUAGCAACACUGUUGGAGCGGCCGAGGCCCCCUGCUUCUUCUCGGUGCUAGCGCCGGCGCCGAGGUGCCGGGUUGUCCAGCCGGGGCCCCGGCUCGCCUGCGUCACGGCGUCGCCGAUCGUCCAGGGUGCCUCCCUUCUCGUCCAGCUGAGGGACCCCCGAGGAAUACUCCGGGCAUCUCUCAGAUCAGCGCAGCCCGUAAUCCUGCUCAAAGGCGCAGCCUUUAAUCAUCACCUGCUGGCUACUGCAUUCGUGGUGAGUACUUCGGGACAACGCAGCGCCGCUUCGACUCCGAUUCAUUUGUUCCCAACGAGCCUUCAGGAGCACAGCGCACCGGCACGUUCGAACAAAGCUGCAGUGACACUCUUUAGUUGUAGAUUCACCAUAUUCAUCGUGGUUUCUUGGUACAUUAGAUUUCAGACUACCGAGAUGCGACGUUAGAGCAGCUGUGUAUCUCUGAUUGGUGAUAGCAGCACCACGUUCGGAGAACGUAACCCAACCUGGGGAAUUAGCAGCAGGAAACGAGGCUGUUUUUCAACAUAACAUUAUGUGCACAACGAUCCUAGACUACUGUGACAGCGGUAGCGAAAGUUGCGACGCUACCGUAUGUUUGUA